GUCCAGCCCCUUGAUGCCGGGGCGAAGUGUGCCACCUUCGCUUCAUCAGCUGAAGCCAGCAACGAGCUCCACUGGAUGCUGACGGUUACGCAGCCUGAAUGCAAGCCUGACCUCGAGGAUUCGAAGGUCGAGUCACGGCCAGAGCCCGUGAAGGGGGCGUCUUUCAGUUUCUUCGACCUGCACGCGGCUCUGGCCUCCUGUUGCACCUCGAAGAUCACGAAGGACGAGGCCAUGGUGCAUGUUCCUGUUUUACCGGCCUUGCUGGGUGGGAAAAACAAACUACAGGUGAUGAUGUCGGAGAAGCGCAAGAACAUUGAGGCCAUCACCGAGCGGUACCCGAAGCCUGAGGAUGGUCAGCACCCCUACUUCGCCUUAAACGCAAGCGAGCGCAUCAGCGCGGGGGCGACACUCUUCAGGUCGUCAUCUGCCGACAUUGUCUCCUCUCCAUGGACAGACCUGGGAGAUCUGGAUAAGGCUGAGUUCUUCUGGGCCGCGUACACAAAGUUGGAUGAUUUCUACGCCCUUGCCGAAGAUUGGCUCGUGGAGAUGGAGACCACAAUUGUGGACGGCAAGAAGAGGUUCCUUAAGCGAGGGAAAGUGCGCUUCCUCUCGCAGGCUUGGCACGUCCCGCCGCAAUGGGAAGAGCUGAUGGGUGAGGGGUCCUAUGCUGAAGCGAAGGCGGCGGAGAUUUGCUGCGUGGCAAAAGACAUUGCAGCUCGAGAACUUGGCAGCACCACACGAUGGAGAGAGGUACAAUUCUGGGUUGACAAAUGCUGUAUUCCACAAGGUGACCGCGAGCUCUGUAGCUGGUGCGUGAACCUGCUUGAAGAGUACAUCGUGUUUUGUGAUGGCCUGGUUGUCCUUACCACGUGGACCUAUUUUACGAGGCUUUGGUGCGUGUAUGAGUGGGCCUGCUUCCUCCUGGUCCAUGACCCAAUGAACAUCGAGAUUUGCGCCGACCCUUUCGUGCGAGGCAGCACGCUGCCCCUGUACCUGGAUGCCAUCGGGAAUUUCAAGCUCUCCUCCUGCCAGUGCUACCGCGAAGAGGAUCGUCAGAUCCUUCAUGACAAGGUCAGUACAUACUACAAGUCCACAGAGCUGUUCGAGAAGUUCUUGAAAUUCACCGCCAUCGCCCUCUUUGCACGUUGUACCGCCCAGAGGCGCUCGGCAAAGGCAGUUUCCGCGUUGGCACCUUGGCAACAGCUCGCAGAGCGCCAAGGGUUUCCUGGACUUGCGGGCCAAAUCUCGGAGAUGAUGGGAUUGCUUCCGGUAUGGCGGGAGAGCGCUGUGGCAAGCGCCACCGGCGGUGGGACCAGCGACGUGCAAUCGGCCGUACUGCACCAAGUUGAGACGUGGUUCGAAGAGCAGAUGGUGCCCCUUAUCCUGUUGAUGAGGAAGGAGGCAGCCAGUGAAGAGGGGCUCAAAAACAUUCAGGAUCUUCGAGAAGCCGCUAGUGAAGUCACCGUUUUGGAUUUUGAAUAUGGUGCAUGCCUUCAUGAAGAAGUCAUCUGA